UUCCCGGUUGCCAUCACUCUGGUGAACGAGCUGCUGUGGAUCUGAUACAGCAUCAGAAGAAACAGCCUGUCUGAGUCCGGCCAGUUUGAGGACAGCACCCCCCCACAGACGUUUUCAGGAGUCCGAGGACCGCUUCUCCAUCAGCAGCCAUCAUGUGUACCGGAGCGUGCUCUAAGUUCAUUGCUAUCCCCCUCUACAUCCUGGCGCUGGUCUCGAUCAUCUGCAACAUCAUCCUCUUCUUCCCCGACUUCAAAACAGAGUACGCAAGUGAAGACAAAGAAGGAGAUGCACGGAUCACCCAGGAGGUCAAGUACAUGGGAGGCGUGGUGGGAGGAGGAAUCAUGGUCCUCAUUCCUGCCAUCCACAUUCACCUGACCAGUGCAAAGAACUGCUGCUCCAACCGCUGUGGGAUGUUCCUGUCCAUCGGCUUCGCAGCAGUCGGGGUGGUGGGAGCUAUCUACAGCCUGAGUGCCGCUGCUCUCGGUCUUGCCAACGGUCCAGUGUGCUAUUGGAGCAACCCCGACAACCCCAUUCCCCAAUGGGGAACACCUUUUGCUAACAGUUCUGGGGACUACCUGAAUGACAAAGACGUGUGGGGCUGGUGUAUACUUCCCGAAAAAGUUGUUGAGUUCAACGUGGGGCUGUUCUCCACCCUGCUGGUGGCAGCGUCCCUGCAGGCCAUCCUCUGCACCUUCCAGAUGGUUAACGGCCUGUUCGGCUGCAUCUGCGGCACCUGCACUGGAAACGAGUGAUUUGACCUUCAACUCAACUCAGCAGGACGGCCCAAGGACGCGUCUACCAGCAGAGGGCGUCGUUGUGACCAUCACAGUCUGCUGCAGGGGAUGAUGGGACACCGGCAGCGUGUCCCAUCAUCCUCCAUCAGUCUCAAUUCUACAAAUUACUCCAGAGGAUUACAGAUGAUUGCCGUCGUAACGGUUUUAUUACUCAGAUUAGAGUGAACGAUCACCACAGCAGCUGGAAUAUUCGGUACUAGACUCUGUAAAUGUGUUUAUUUGAAAUAUUUUGUAAUAAAGUUUGGAAUUUAA